AGCUGCUAGUGCGCUGCUAAUGCUUGAAUGGUGACGGGGCGAUCAGAACAGAAGUCGUGGAUGGUUGUUUUGUGGCGAUUAUAAUGCGGCGGUUUCUUUCCUGUUUUUAUCCGGAUUGGGGUUAACGACUGUCGGUUUCAUUUGUAAACAAAGCCCAUGACAUGCAUAGUCGUAUUUCUGUCGUUCAAAGACGAUUUCAUAAAGUCAGAUUCGCUUUAAUCUUGUAAUAGUUUCACGUUUCGGUUCAGUGUUUCUUAUUUCAGAGUUUUGAGGAAUCGCAUAUAGUCUGCUUGUAAAUUCUCCCAGCUUCAUGUGUGCAUGCUGCUAGUUAAACCCCCCCGAUUUCCUGCAUGAGCCCAACUGAACUGACGAUUGCAUGCUGUCCCCCUGAACUGAGCUCUGACCUCCCCGCUUUCCCUGCAUUGCUGUACAAACUGAAAUCUAAACAAUGGGCAAGGACAGAAGUAACAGUUUUAAUAUUUCCCCAAAGAAAGACACCAGCGGGAUUCUUGGGGAAUACAGGAAGGAGAUAGAGAAGCUGAAGACUGCCCUCGAGAACGAGAAAUGCAAAAACAAGCAGGCGCGCAAGAAGUUCGCGACUGACCUAAAUCGAUUUAGAGCCGCAGCUAAAAAAGAGCAAACCAAAGUCGUGGAGGAUCUGUCUUCCAGGCACGAGCAGCAGAAAGCUCUGGAAGUGCGGAACCUGAAGGAGGCUUUUGCAAAGGAACGCGAGACUGAAAUCCGACAGCUAUUGCGGUGGAAAGGCAACGAGCUGAAGGAGGUCGGGGUUUCUCUUGGAAAAGAACGGGAUAUUGCCAUCAAGCAUGCCAGAGAGCUACAGCGCCAGCUGGCUGAGGAGCUGGUGAGCAAGGGCAGCCCCUGCAAAGUGGUGGGCAAGAAAGCAACCAAUGAUCCGGGCUGCCUGAGCAACAGGGUCGCCUACCGUAAACUAGAACAGCUCCUUCUGAAACUGAGAUGGGAGACGGAUGGAGAGCAAGCUGCCCUCAUCCGACGCCUAAAGGCAGAGCUGGAUUUAGAGAAAAACCUGUUCCUGAAGCACUUGCUUGAGACCCACAGCUGGUCUUUCGAGGAGAACAAAGCAAUCCGACGCAGGUCUUCUGGAGAAUCAUCUAACAGCUUGGCUUUUGUGCCAGGAUCGCCAGAGUGCUCCUCCAGAGCUACCAGGACAAAAAGCGUUUCUCUGUUGGAGGAGGAGGAGAAGAAGAAGCCAUCUAAGAGAGACUCAGGUACUUCAGCCUCUAGAGGGUCUUUUUGCUCAUCCCCUGGGAAGGAGUCCUUUUGUAACAACCUGUCCCCAGAGAAAUGUACCUCAACACCAAGGUCCCUGCGGUGGACUCCAAGAGAUGACCAGGUAUUCUUCAGACGCAGCUGCUCCACAGGGGCAGUAACUUCAGGAGGGCCUUCCCCGUCUAAGUGCUUGCUUUUUGACAUGGACUGGAUGAAUGGCACAGACUAUGGGUAUUUGGUGAGGCAGAAUUCAGAGUUGCUGCGAGCCCUGGAUGAGUUGGAAAGGACCUGUGCAUCUCUGCGACAGGAAAAUGUGUUAUUGCGCAAAAGCAGCUCCCCUGAAACAGAAGAGAAGGUGAAGAGGCUGAAACGGAAGAAUGCCGAGCUGGCCGUCAUCGCCAAGCGCCUAGAGGAGAGGGCUCGGAAACUGCAAGAGGCCAACCUCAAAGUGGCGAACACACCGGUGCCACUGAAGGGAUCGAGUGCAGAGCAGUACAAGAAGGCAUUUGCCAGGCAGCGUGCCCACGACCUGGCAGAGCAAGCAGAGACCCUCCUUGCCAAGGAUAAGGAGAUCGAAGCACUGCGCGUGGAGUGCAGGGAGCUCCAGUCUCGCUUCGGGAAAGGAAAGGGCGCACCAGGGCAGUCGGGUGGGGGUGAUUUUGAGCGGCUGCUGCGGGAGUCUCAGAAGGAGGUGUUGCGGUUGCAGAGACAGUUGGCCUUAUCGUCGACAAGAGAGCCAGAGGUGGUGAACAGCCAGGGAAAGGCCAAAACUGAGAAUGCAUUAGUUCAUGAAGAACCUCAGACAGGCAGGUUCGAAAAGACCAAUGGUUGUGAGAAGCAUAAACCGAGUUUAACUCCUGAACACCCUGCUUUAGAACAGGAGGACCAGCGACUUCAGCAACUGGAAACAGAGCUUUGCAAAAAAAGAAAAGAAUGUGAAAGUCUUGAGCACGAAGUACGGAAAAGACAGAAAAGAUGUCAGGAUUUGGAGAGCGAGCUGAACGAUGUUCGAGGUAGAAAUGCACGACUAAAAGAGGAAACCGGACAUCUAAUCCAGAAGGCAGAGCUACUAGACCAGGUCCAGUCUGAGAACGAUGAGCUGAGGGAUAAUCUCUCUGCAGUAACUGCCCAACGCAAUUCAGCUCUAGAGGAGAACCAGAGACUCCAAGCCAAACUGGAUAACCUAGAGCAGGUCCUAAAGCAAAUGCGAGAGGUAGCUGAGCGACGGCAGCAUCUCGAGUCAGAACAUGAGGAGGCGCUGAACGUUCUCAGACUCAAGCAGGAUGAGGUUCAACGGCUGCAGAAGGCUCAAGUGGAGGCUAAGAGGGAACAUGAGGGGGUGGUGCAGUUACUUGAGGACUUGAUCCAGCUAGUGUAUCGGACGGAGAUGGUGAAAGUUCGGGAGCUGGAGGGGAAAUGUCGUAGUCAGAGUGAACAGUUCGCCCUUCUGUGCCAUGAACUGGAGCGAUUCCGUCUGCAGGCAGGGAAGAUUAGUGUCCUGAACUCCGAGCCGGAGAACACCGUAUCGGCAGAGCUAGACCUACAACCCAAGCUGACCCUCUACAAUGGGGUGGAAGUGCCAGAGGAGAAAGAUUCAUGUGGUUCAUGGACUGUGAUCAGUCUGGGGGAUGUCAGCUUGACGAGCCUGGAACUGGACAGCAGCUUUUUUUCUGAAAUAUCUUCGCAGGAGGUGGAAGCAGCUCCCCUGUCUGCUCCUGCUUCCCCAGCAGCAGAGACUCCUAAGGAAGAGCCCGUUUCAGAGGAGGUGUCUGUUCAGCACAUAGAGUCCACAGCGGUCAGCACGGAAUCAGCAGAGGAACCGACUCCCACUACUCCCAAAUCUGAAUCGCAGCAAGUCACUCCCAAAUCGGAGUCCUUUCAGCACAGCACCCCAAAGUCCUGCCCUACACCGGAGGUGGACACAGCGAGUGAAGUUGAGGAGCUGGAUAUCGAUGUGUCCCCGAUACCUGAACCAGAGAGUGGAGCCCCUGCUAAACUGCAGGUUUUCAUUGCACGAUACAGUUACAAUCCUUUUGAUGGUCCAAAUGAAAACCCUGAGGCUGAGCUGCCCCUCACUGCUGGAGAGUACAUCUAUGCAUGUGGAGAUAUGGACGAGGAUGGCUUUUAUGAAGGGGAGCUGAUGGACGGGCGCAGAGGGCUGGUCCCAUCUAACUUUGUGGAGCGAGUGUCCGACGAUGACAUGAUGAGCUUUCACCCUCCGGAGGUCAGCGACCUUUCCCACAAUUCCUACCAGGAAAGCAGCUUCCACAGCAGCAGCGAGAAGAACCUCCGCCUGAGUGUGAACAGCUCGGACAAGACAGAGCUCUCCGUGCCAGAGGAGGAGGAGGAGAUGGGCCAAUCCCUGGGAAAAGCAGGGAGCCUGAUGGCCAACGGGUAUGAUCUAGACAUGGAAGAGGUAGGGGAUGACAUAGUGCCUUACCCACGACGGCUGACUCUAAUCAAACAGCUUGCUAAAAGCAUUAUCAUAAGCUGGGACUCUCCACUGGUGCCGGCUGGUUGGGGGAACGUCUGGAGUUACAACGUCUACGUGGAUAAAGAGUUAAGACUGAAUGUCCCGUUCGGCUCCCAGACCAAAGCAGUUUUAGAACGGCUGGACGUCAACCUCAAGACCUAUCGAAUCUCUGUACAGAGCCUGACGGAGAAAGGGAACUCGGAUCUCCUGCAGUGCAGCUUUCUGGUGGGGCGGAACGUCUGUGUGGCCCCAACGCAGCUGAAAGUAGAGAAUGUGACGGCAACUUCAGCCAACCUCACCUGGUUGCCAAGCAACAGUAACUAUGUGCACGCAGUGUCUUUAAAUGAGGAGGAAUACGAGGUAGUGAAGGCCGGGUGCUACUCGUACUGCCUCAGUAACCUGAGGCCAAACAUGAGGUACAAAGUGAAAGUGGAGGCCAGGCCGCUGCAGACACCAUGGGAGUUACCUUUGGAACGAUGGGAGCGCAAAUGUACUGUGACUGCAUUUACUACCUUGAUGGCAGGGCCUCCCGAUGCCCCCCUGGACAUACAGGUGGAGUCCGGCCCCUCCCCUGGGAUAGUCCUAGUCAGCUGGUUACCGGUGACCAUUGAUGCAGCAGGCACGUCUAACGGGGUCCGUGUUACGGGAUAUGCCGUCUACGCAGACACACAGAAGGUUUUAGAAGUUGCCUCUCCUACCGCUGGGAGCGUGCUGGUGGGCCCAUCCCAAAUCCACUUUCUCCAGGUGGCCAAGGAACUAACGAUCCGGACAAUGUCUCCGUACGGAGAAUCGGUCGAUUCCGUGCCUGUCAAAAUCCCAUCACAGUUGUUUCGUCCCACAGCCCACUGCCAGCCUCUGCAAAUGCUCCCCAGUGCCAGCAGCACCUCUGAUGUGUGUGUCCAUACUGUACCACCAUACAGGGACGCUCUGGAGAACACUACUGCCAAAACCCCAGCACUGCUUACUGCGAUGCUCCAGUUUUCACCACUAGGUGCCACCCCCAACUCUGAGGCGGCUGAACUCCAUGAUCUCAGUAGCAACACAAGUGUCCUCUGCAAGGAGGACAGGACUCUGCACAUAAAUGCAAGAACCGAUCCUUUAUUGGACGCUACGUCAGUAUCCAACACUAUUGCAGAUGGGGACUUGAUGUCGGCAGCAAGAUCAGCUUUCCAUGAGGCUGACAUCCCCGAAGAAGAUUUAACCAAAGACUCUGAAAACAGCAGUGUGAAACGUCCUACUGCCACCAUUGCCGACUUUCUGGAAGAGGCUGAAUGGACGGAAGCCGCUGACAGCUCUGCGGCUGACGUGGCUGUGGACCGUUCUGACAGCUUGCUGACGGAUGAGGCUAGUGCAGACACUGCUGCCCUUGUAGGCAGCCCCAUCCAAACACUGGAAGCUGUAGAGUUGGAGCAAGAGGCAGAAGAGGAGAGCUCCAGGGGCAAGGUCAGGCUGGUGUCUGUAGAAGAGUUCCUGGACGACACCCAGGAGGAAUCUGAGCUCAGAUGCAAACCAGAGCAGGAAGAGAGUCGCCUUAAGGGACCCGAGAAAGAAAAGGAGGAGUGUCUUGAGCUGCCGGAGCCCAGGAGAGACCAUCGGCUGAAUGAAUACCGGGCCGAGAGCAGCCGCGGCUCUGACCUGUCCGAUAUCCUGGAGGAGGAUGAGGAGGAGUUGUGCUCGGACACGGCAGUUAACGAGGAAGGAGAGGAGCCAGCAAGCGGCCACAGCAUUGGAGAGGCAGGAAAGUCGGACAUGUGGGAGACGGACAGCGACGAGGAGAUCCUAGAGAAGAUCCUGGAGCUUCCCCUGCAGACCCACCACAGCAAGCAGCUCUUCAGCAUCCUUGAGGUCACCGAGGAAGAGGACGAGAGCCAGGAGCUGGAGGAAGGGGAGCAGCAGAGUAGCGCAGAGGUGCCAGGCCAUGGGUUGGAAGAAAGGGCUUCCUUCCCAGAGACUUAUAACUGUGCGAACAAAUUAUCAGCAAAUCCUAGCUUUCCAGGAGAAGACUGCAUUACCCACAGCGAGGUGUGCGACACUAAAAGCAUCAAGGCGUCCGACGAAGCAACACACUUUAAUCACAAACCACACCGCACGAGGGAGCGGAGCUCACAACUUCUGAGUCAGACCUGUGAAAACGAAGCGCAAGACCAUGUCAGGUACAGUACUUCGCAUGGCAGGAACAAGCUUCACACUCACAAGGACCAUCACUCUACCUCCCUUGAAGCUGGGAGCAAAACCUGCAAGUUUCCAGAGGAAAAUUUUGACUCAGAGGGCAGCAUUUACAUCCAGGACAGGGUUAGGAGAGCCCACAACAGGGAACAAAAGGGGACGCAUUUCUUAAAAGAAAGUGCUGAUAAGACAUUAGGCUGUAGCCCAAGGAUGAGACAAGAAGCUCUGCUGAUGAGCCAAAGGGACAUAAUUUCUUCCGAACUGCUAAAGACGAAAUUGGCACAGAACAAAUAUUACAAUACCAAAGGCUCAAGAAGGAAUACGCUUUCCAGUGCUAAUGGGAUUGAAAUCGAUAUAGAAUACGGUACUGAGGACGAUGAGGACACGCUCCCCUGUGGUCCAGCGGUGGUCCAUCUCGGGCAGAUGCGGGCCGACUGGUGUGGGGAUGGCCCUGAGUCAGAGGGCUGUGAGGAACUGAGCGACUGCUCCAGCCAGUGUGACUCUGUGCAGUCAAACGGGCCCAAGAGGGAGCUGAAGAGGCAACAUGUGGUGGACGACGAUGUGUUUGUGUCAGGCGCUAAAUUGCCCCAUCACCACCAUCGCAGCAGGGGUACUUCCGGGACACUGAGCCCCCACUCGAGAGGGAAAGGGGGCACAGAAGCUGGAGAAACAAGGAGGCUUGAUUUACAGAAAACAGCAGGGCGGAGGGCAAAACCUGAGCAUGGGGCGAAGGGGCACCCUGCAGACGAUUCAUACGCGAGGGAGACCGUUGCCAACGGUGACCCUCGACUGCAGCACUCAGCCGAAGUCCUGGGAAAGACCGGCCGAGCAGAAACCAGGCCAGCAAAAGAAGCCCUGCGGACUGGGAACCCGGGCAUAACUGAAGGUUCAGAGGCAGAGGGGAUUAUCCAGGACAAUGCUGUCCGGAUUUUUGUCGCCCUCUUUGCGUACGACCCUGCCAGCAUGUCUCCAAACCCUGACGCUGCAGAAGAGGAACUGCCGUUCAAAGAAGGACAGAUAAUAAAGAUCCAUGGUGAUAAAGACGCAGACGGGUUUUACCACGGAGAGUCCAGGGGUCGAUUUGGCUACGUCCCCUGCAACAUGGUGUCUGAAAUCCAGGUGGAGGACGAACAAACCAGGGACCAGCUACUUCAGCAGGGCUACCUCUCAGCUGAGGCCUCUGUGGAAAAAAUAGGCACUCGUUCACAUGCUCAGCUUCCGCGCCGGCCCAUUCCACCGCCGAAACCGAGGCGAUCCAAGAAAGUUAAAUCUGCUGGUGUCUGGGAGGAAAAUGUAAACUCACAUAGAGAGUGCAGCCGGCCCAGCAGUGGGUCUCAGCGCAUGACUCGUCCUCGCAGGAUGGUUGCUGUCUUCGACUAUGAUCCGCGGGAGAGCUCCCCAAAUGUGGACAUUGAGGCUGAGCUGACGUUCAGUGCCGGCGAUGUCAUCGUUGUGUUUGGAGAUAUGGACGAUGACGGAUUCUUUUAUGGAGACCUGAAUGGACAGCAAGGCUUGGCUCCGUCUAACUUUCUGCAAGCCUUACCCGAGAAUGGAGAGGAGGCUGCUGGGGGACUUUCAGAAGAGAAAGUGCUGCCGGCGGAAAGCAGAAGAGAGUCACAGGUGAGUCUGGAGGGUUCUGAAGAGCAGAAUGACUCUGCAGUAACCUCGUUUGAAGAACCCUUGACUCCAUGUCCCACGGUUGGCAUCACGGCUCCUCCACAAGUUCAGGUCCCUUCUCCAGAGAGCCCUGGCCAAAGUGACACGUCACCCCCAGGAAAGAAGAAAAGGGGCUUCUUCUCCAAAGGAAAAAAACUUUUUAAAAAACUGGGAUCGAGCAAGAAGGAGUGAAAUCAAGUCUCUUUUAAUUUUAUAGGGCUGACUCGAUUUUUAGGGUUUGCUUUCUGUUUUUAUAUUAGAAAUAAAAAAUAAAUCACCUAAGAAACCCAAGGCAAGGGCACUGUUUUUCACAGAGACACAGCAUUUCCAGAAACGUUUUGCUUGUGUUCAAAUUCUAGCGAUUGCACCGGACACAUUUCAUUUUGCAUAGAAUCUGAACGCUGCGGGCUAUGGGAAUACAACAGAAGUUGGAAUGCAUUUUUGUUUGUACUCUCUUAUUUAAAGAAAAGCCAGCUGUAUGCCUUAGAAUGAUUAAUGGUGCACCUUGACAAAGUUUGCUUCGGAAUUUGGUUGCAUUGUGAAUUGUACAAAUAACAAGCUUUAUGAGAAGUAUAUGGCUGUGAACUCUGAGAACAGGGACAAGUCAACCAGGCCCAAAACACAAAUACCAGCUUGGCCUGAUGAUGAUGAUGAUGAUGAUGAUGAUGAUGAUGAUGAUGAUGUUUUUUAUUUAUUUUUUAUUAUAAAUAUAUACAUGGAUAAAAACGGAAACAAACUGGGAUUUUACAUAACUGUACCCUAUUACAAAUACGACAAGUAUGUUUAAUUGUUGAUUCACUUGUGUAUAUUUUUUAUAUAUGUUACGGUAAAAGUCAGAAUCUAGUAAAUCAUAAGUUUUAACCAUAACUGUCAACAUUUACCAAGUAAGGUGGUAAAUGUCUAGAAUUAUGAAGAAAUAUAUUGCUUAACUGCUAGAUGUCCGAAGAAUCUUAUAAUUUAUCGAAACCUAUUGGUAAAUGUCUGUAAUUAUGAAGAAAUAUAUUGCUUUUUGGACAAUUAGCGAAGCUUAUUGGUAAAGGCACUUGGUUAUUCUUGAUUUACCGGUAAAUGUCUGAAGUAAAGUGUUAUGUUUAUUUCGGACAUUUAGAGCUUUACUUGGCAAAUGUCGACAUUGUUAAGUAAUUUAACACAUUUGCAGCUAACGUUGCUCUUCCCAUUAUUUUAUACACGAUAUUAAAAACGUAUCUUGAAAAACAUUUGCAGGCGAAACUGGUAAUAGCACUUUGUUCUUCCUUUAUUUGUGUUGAUUAUAAUACAAAAUUCUCUGUUACACAAGGCACUGGUACUGUUGAUUUUGGGCCAAGGUCUCUGCAAACUGUUAAAACAUCUGUCUGUUGCUGGCUGUAGUCUCUUACUUUAACAUAAAGCGCCUCCGUUAUAGGAGUCUGGGAUAUACUUAAAGUAUCCAAAAUAAUUCUAGUGAAAAUGGAUAGACUUCUUCCAAAGGAACGAAUAGCAAGCCUUGUUUUGAACGUUGGAGAAUGUCAAUGUGAUAGCCAGGUAACUUCUGAUUUAUUGAACUGGCAAUUGCCAAACACAUAACCAAGUUGAACAGUUUGUCAACUUAGUUUGUUUGUUUACUUUAUUUUUUUUAUUCUUUAUAUAAAAUAUGAAGUCGGUUGUUAGUUGCUUAUGUUAGUAUUGAUCUGUUGUCUACAAAUGACCCUAAUUGUGAUGAGUAAGAGGACUAUUAAAAAGGGCGCUUAAGGAAUUUUUAAGGUUAGUUCUCAGGUUUAAGCCGUGGCAUUCAUCAUUGUUAAGAAGCUAUGGCACCUCCGAUGAACAGAAACAUUUUACUUUGUCAAAAGGGGAAACAAGAUUUAUGCCAAAAUGUAGUCCUUUUUAGUUUAUGACGGUGUGUGUACUGUAUACACAGAGCAUUGCUGUAACACUGCAGAACUGUGGCUGAACAGCUCAGCAGAGACUGCAUCAGCAGAGACUGCAUCAGCAGAGACUGUAAAAUGGAAUGGCAGGGCUGUACUACUGAAUGUAUUUAAUUCAUUCAUAUAUUUUAGAAAAAUAUUGUACUAACCCUAGUGAUCUGAAGGUCAUUGUCAUUUACCAUGCGGUUGUGUCCUGUAUACUGGACAAAAUCAUGAAUGUACUGAAAGGCAAAUGAUGAGAUGAGAAAACUUGAAAUAAUUAAGUACAUCUCGAAUAUAAAGAAGCUUUUUUUUCCCCCACCAGAACAAAUAUAUUUGCUCUCUGGACCACAGAAUUCAGUACUCCAGUGUGAUGGCUGUAUUGCAGGGUUAAAAAACCGUAAUGAUGAUGAAACUUGAAUAUUAAACACAAUGAAUAAAAGCAACCAUAAGUACCUGGUAAUUACCAAUGUAUUAAUAGUCCUUUCAGUGACAGAUGGAAACUUUGUUGUGGCAUCUUAUGCAUAAUGUUGCCCACUGCCCCCCUUGCACACCAACAGUAAGGAACAUUUGGCUGGAAUAAUGCUGGAAAUACAGUAUUCAACUGAGAGUACUUGCCAAAACCCAGCACGCCCAGUUUACACUGAGUGUACUGCACUGCUGCUGUAGUAUAUUGCCUACAGUUCAGGUAUACUGUUAGUUCCUUAGUAAGUAGAUACCUGGUAACAUGUUGUAGCCUUACAUGACCUCUGUUUAGUGGUAAAUUGUUGUUUAAUUCACAGUAAUAGUAUUAUUUGCAUGCAUAUUGUAUAUUGUAAUUACUAUUUUUGCCUUAUUUAUUGCUAUAUAUAUUUAUUUAUUUAUUAAUUGAAAUACUUCUCGUUUAUGGUUUUCGGUGUUUGUUUGUUUGUAAAGACAGCUGUAACCCAGUAGGGGGUGUGUGAGAGUAGCAAUGAGUUGGAACCUGUAUAUACUGUAAAACUGUUUGCUUUCCAGAAAAGAAUGAGGGCGUGGAGAAAUCUGAUAUUUUUUUCAUUACUGUACACCUCAAAAACAUUAUUUUUUGUAUAUUAAUGUUGUUACGACCGUUUUGGAGGCUUGUAUUGUUUUUUUUGUUUUUGUUUUUUGUUUUUUGCAUGUUUCAUUAAAAAAUGUUCAAAAAUGUUUUGAUCGUUAGGGAAACGAUUGCGAUUGGUGGGCACAAUACACAGAGACGUUGACUUGGAGGAGCGAGGAUGUCUUUCAUGGAGAAAAAACUUUGUACUGGAAUAAAAGUAUAUUUUCACAUAA